AUGCCAAGCAAAGCUGGGAGAGUCAGGAUGCCCCCUGACAACAGACUCCCCGUCUCGGCCUCUCUCAAGACGUCGGACAUAUGGAAGAAUUCAGUUGGGUAUGACCCCUAUGCGUCCGUGGAGGAGAUAAACAAAAGAGAGCUGAAAAAACAAGAAGAGACGAAUGAAGAAAUCAAUGAGAAGGCGAAGAGUCUGUUUAGUCUAGCGAGAUUAACCGGCACUGCUUCCGCUACCAUCCCCGGGGCGUGUACCCUCUGCAACCACAUAGGCCACUUGCCGUACCAGUGCAGAAAUUUGAUCAGCCUGGAAAAGCUAAACUUCCAGAGUGAUAUAAAGGAGGAGGCGGAGGAUGACCUGAAGGAGCGCCGCAACCUCGGCAUCGUCAGCGAUAGCGACGGUAGCGACGGGAGCAGUAGUGAUGAUGGGAGCGACAGCAGUAGCGGACGCAGCAGUAGUGGCGAACGCAGCAGUAGUGGUACGCGCGACAGCCGGGACUCGGCCCGCGAGAAAACGAAGAAGGAGAAGGACAAGAAGAGGAGGCGAAAGCGCGAAAAGCGAAGGGACAAACGGGAGGGUCGAUCCUGGAAAGAGGAGAGCCGGUCGCACAGAAAGGAGAGAUCGUCGCAUAGAAAGGAGAGCCGGUCUCACAAACGGGAAAAACGAACCCACGAAGAGAAGCGAUCCCGCAAGCACGAAAAACGGACGAGGAAGGACAAAGCGGAACGCCGUCGUCACAGCAGCAGGGACAGCGACAAACCAAACGUGAAAAAGAAGGAAAAGAGGAAAAGGAGGACAACAGAGACGUACGAGGAAAGUGUGCGGGGAAAACGGCACAGGAGGAGCUCAUCAAGCUCGUGA